UAAACCCUUUCUCUCUCUCUCUCUCUCGCUCUCUCUCUCUUUCUCUUUAUCUCUCAUUUGCUCACCGCAAGCUUGCACGCGAGAAGAACGAAGAUCUCGAAACUGCGCAAGUGUGCAACACGCUGUCCCUUCGCGGAUACGCAGAGCGAAAAACACACAAAAAAUACAUACAGAUGUCUGCCCCAAUAGUACAGAUUCGCGAUUCGUCGGUUUCGGUCCAGUGUUGUGCAGGGUCGUAAAAACGUUCCGUUUGAAGUGUUUGUACGCCGCAAAGGAAAGAAGCAAAAAAAAACAAAAAUGCAAUUCUGUAACUAAAAUACGUUGCACGAGCAGUGUGCAGUUUGCCGUAGCGAAAAAACAUACCGGUUGGCGAUGUCGCUACGCGUUUUCAGCCGCGAAGCAAGCACCAAACUUCGAGCAUGUGUAUGUGUGUGUGUGUGUGUGUGUAGGCGCGCGCGCGCGCGUUUGCCGCUCACGGUCAAUGAAACGGGCGGAUAAUGUUUUGAUGGUUUUGCUGUUUGUCCCGAUUGUGUACCGUGGAAUAUAGAUUUUUCUAAAGUUUGCCGAAAAAAAGCAAGCAAAAACGCAGCCAUAUGCCCAUAGUGUCCAACUCACACACCUGACCCACCUUCACAACCCCGAACAUGACCUAUUACACUGGCGGUAAACAUUGUGAACCCACCUAAAGCAAACGACGAUAUAGAAUGUUGCCCCACGGCAGCAGCAAGAACGAUUAAAGGGCGCUCGUGCAAGUGCGUGGAGCUGUGAACACCUCACAGAGGAAAUCAAUUCUAGCCCUCGUCAUAUUGCAAAUCCAGUAUUUGAAGUGGAACACCCGAUUUAGUGGACAGCAGUAGCCAGCGUGGCAAACAAGAAGAAUGCAUCGUCAGCGCCACCUGAGUGUCGAACACUCAAAUAGCAGCUCCAAAGCUGCAAGAAGCUGCAAAGCAGCUUUCAAGAUGCAAGGACACGUGAUGUGUUUGGGAUUGUUGGUGGUAUUGGCUUGUUCGAUUCCCGGAGGGCAAGCAAAUCCACUAAAAAACCGCUGUCUACAGUUUGGGACGACGUCGACUACAAACACGCAACAGCAGAACGGGCAGGAGUUUGUCGACGAUUACGACAGCUACGACGAUCAGCCGGAACCAUCGGAUGAGCCCGUGUUCGAAAAGAACGUCUCCACCGUCGCCACCUGCUCCCGCACGGCACCGUUUUGCUACACGCUGUGGACGUUCGACAUCGUGAAGAACGUAACGCGAGUGGUUGUGCAAGGAUGCUGGGGAUCGAACGACGAUCAGGAAUCGUGCAGCAGCAACGAGUGCGUCAGCACGACGGAAACACCCACCCGGCACUUCUUUUGCUGCUGCAGCGGCGAUAAUUGCAACGGCAACUUUAGCUACCUGCCGCCACCAACCGCCGCGGAUGGGUUGAGCAUGCGGGACGAGAACGAAAGCAUUACGCCGUUCGCACCGUACACCUCGAUCUGGAGCUCGCCGACGGUGUACAUCUGCUUUGCGCUGGUCGCCAUCAUGACACUCGGCAUCGGUGGGUUCCUCAGCUGCCGCCAGCUACCGAAGAAGGGCACCGGUGAGCUGCUCGAGCACAUGGAACCGUCCGGCCCGGGCUACAGCUCGAAUCUCUACAACGUCGACAAUCUGAAGCUUGUGUCGAUGAUCGGGCAGGGCAAGUACGGGACCGUUUGGAAGGGUAUCGUAAACGAGAAGCCAGUGGCGGUGAAGAUCUUUUCCGCCCAGCAUCGGCAGUACUUCCUCAACGAGCGUGACAUCUACACGGUGCCACUGAUGGAAUCUCCUUCCCUUUUGGCAUAUUUCGGAUCGGACGAGCGCCGCACGCUGGACGAUCGUAUCGAGUACAUGCUGGUGCUGUCGCUGGCCCCGCUUGGCUGCCUGCAGGACUGGCUGACCGAUAACAGUGUGCCGUUCAGCACCUUCUGCCGGAUGGGCAAAUCGAUCGCCAACGGGUUGGCCCACCUGCACACCGAGAUCCGGAAGGGCGAGCUGGUGAAGCCGUGCAUCUGCCACCGGGACCUGAACUCGCGCAACAUUCUCGUCAAAUCGGACCUGUCCUGCUGCAUCGGCGAUCUGGGCUUUGCGCUGAAAACGUUCGGCGCACGGUACGAGUACCGGGGCGAGAUAACGCUCGCCGAGACGAAGAGCAUCAACGAGGUCGGCACGGUGCGCUACAUGGCGCCGGAGGUGCUGGAGGGUGCGGUGAACCUGCGCGACUGCGAGUCCGCCCUCAAGCAGAUCGACGUGUACACGCUCGCGCUGGUGCUGUGGGAGCUGGCGAACCGGUGCGAAGAUUUCUACCCCGAGGGCACCGCCGUCCCGGAGUACCGGGCACCGUACGAGGAGUACGUCGGCUCGAACCCGAACUUUGAGCAGAUGCAGGUGCUGGUAUCGCGCAACAAGGCGCGGCCCACCUUCCCGGCCCACUUCGGUACCGGGCUGGUGACGCAGAUCGUGCGCGACACGUGCGAGGACUGCUGGGACCACGAUGCGGAAGCUCGCCUGACGGCCAUGUGCGUGCAGGAGCGGCUGCAGGAGGUGGCGCAGAUCAACCCGCGGGCCCGCACCAUGCCGCCGAAGGGCUGCAGCCACGACGAUGGCCCGGCGCUGGAAAAGGCCCAGCUGUAUCAGCUGGAGAGCGACGGCACGGCCAUCGCUGCUAUGAUGGACCACCAGCGCUACAGUCCGGACGGCACGAUCGCGUUCAUGACACCGCCGAACCAGCAGAUCAUCCCGCAGGUACCGCCGGCCGGGUACCGGGAGGACACUACCGGCUCGUACAAGUACGGCAAGCUGUCGUCGUCGGGCGGUGCCAGCUCGACCACGCACAGUGGUGCACCGUCCCGCUCGCAGUCGGACGAGGACGAACAGCAUACGGUCGGGCGGAAAGGCCUCGCCCCACUAAUACAGCGAGGGGAAGGCUCGUUCGAGGGAAAGGCAAUGCCGCCCGGCAAAGGGCUGGGCGGGAGCGUGAAGGUAAUGCUGCAGAAAACAUUCCACAAGAAUCAUCUCGCGGGCGUAACCGCACCGUCGCUAGUGCGCCACGCCUACGAUGUGCAACAGAACUGUGACGAUGCGGACGGUGAUCGGUCCAACCUGGUCGUGGUGGUCGAAACCAGUGACACGUGCUCGCCGCGCAAUGCAUUGCUCUCAGAGGAAGAGAUCCUGAUGAAUCAUCACAACAACCAGCAGCAGCAGCAGCAACAUCAGCAACAGCAGCACGUUCAACAGUCUGGCGGUGUCGAACGUCCCACGAAUCUGGACCUCGGUACGGGCAAGUAUGAGAGCAACCUACUGCUGCACGAACCACAUUCCGUCGGCAAUGUUACCACCACCGAAGGUGCCGUUAGUGCGCGCGGCCGAGCCAAAGCGCUUGCCGAUGCAGAUUUCACCAGACAGUCGUUCGCCAUACUAGACGAGAUGGUGGUGGACGACGACGGCGCUACCGUGGAUGAACAUCACGACCCGCAGAAGCUACGUAUCGUCGUUUCCAAAUCGGCCAAUGCCAUGCAUCCGCCCAGGGGGUUGAGACACACCCGGCAAGGAUCUGAAGCAUCGUCACCACCGCCCUUUCUGGACGAUCGGUCCCUGAAGCGGCAGCGUUCGCUGGAAGUGUUUCAGGAAGUGUUCGGCCCGAAGGGUAGCAUCGAGCGGCUGCGCAAUCCUAGCCAGCGCGUCAAGACACCGGGCGAUGUACCGCCCUCGGUGCGGAAGGUGCGUGCAUCGAAGACGCUGUCGCUCUAUGACGACCGGAUGAUGACGGCGUCGGUGGCACCCGGGAGCGGAACUCGUUUAGCAAACUCCGUAUAGCACGAGGAGGUGCUGCUGCUGGAGCUGUAAGCGAUUCCGUAAGCGCGAUUUGCGGCUUUGGGAAGUGUUGUGGAGAACCUUUUGCCUCCACUCUGGUGCAAUUAGUCCCACAGAUUGCCCAAUCAAAGUUAUUAGGUUUAUUUUACUCACUAGUCGAUUGAUCAGACCCCCUCCUGCUUAUGGAGCCGAUAUGACUCUGUCUUUGGUGGGUCCCAGGUUUGAAGAUAGCUUUUUUCAUUGAGCCGAAAUGCCGUUGGCCACGUUAAAGUGUGUCUGGAGAUAGAGGGCGUAACUUUCAAAAAGACAAGCUCUGGUGGCCUUUCUCUUAUUUAUUACCUGCCUGCCAUCAGUUUGCUUCCAGCGGAUGCCUUUUAUAUGAAAUAAUUUAUCUCACUGUGCACUCAGCGGCUCUUCAGCAAAACUCGUCGGCCAAUGGCCUUCCAAGGUCCCAGAUUUCUUGUCUAUCGUUUAACUGGGUUUUAGUGGAAAAAUUGUGCUUAUCAAGAAAACAUGAUAGGAAAAGCUCAAUAUCUCAAUAUUGGAAUUAUUAAAAAGAUGCAGAACAUUUCUAAUUAGUAAUGCUUGGACUGGACCUGAAUAAAUUUCUUUCAGUAGCAUAAUCCUUUAUGGCCAGUAUACAUCUGCAAAAGAUUCUAAUGCAAAGAAGCAUUAUCAUUAUUUGCUUUCACAAAUAAUGAAGCUAUAGAACUUUAAAAGCAUUUGAUAUGCUCCAAAUGAUACUCUUUGAUAUGCGCAAUGCCUUGGAGAAAGGAUUGCAAAGACAUCCUAGACCUGUUCAGGUGGAUGCUCCAAUAAAGAAUGCCGGGAAGCUGUUGCACACUCUAAGCAGCAACAGUGCGCCGCUAGCUGUAAUGGACUGAUGUGAAAUGCCACACCACAUUACACACAACAAGGUGUGAGGUUUUUGUUGCACACCAACACGACAGUGGUGGAAGUAGUAAAACCCGUAAAACAAGGGUAAUUCUUACUCACUUUAUAGAAGUUUGGAUCUCUUCGAUCCUUCAUUAAAGGACAUUACGUAGAGAAUGUAGUCAAAAGACAGAGUUGGAGUUGGAGAGAGGGAGAGAGAAAGAGAGCUAACCAAAGGGCAGUCAAGAGACGAGGUAUGGCAUGCCAGCUAAAAGCAAAACAAAACCUCGGCAUAUAGACUAAGUAAGUGUCUCUAAUUACGAUGCAUGGGUUUCAUGUAACCUGGUGUCGAUGCUAUAUUGCCAUUGCACGUGCUACCACCCACUGCACAACUACGAGUUGUUUCAACUUUGAGUGUUUUUUUAGUACUUUCCGUUGAAACUAGUGAUAACGAUAUUAUAUAUAUAUGAACUACGCAUGAAUGACGAACAGUAUUCCCUGCGCAAAGGAGGGGUGGCAUUAACUGACAGGGCACUAUAUUCGUUCAAUACCACAACCACACCAAAACGAUAAUGAAAAAUCAACAGAAUUACACAUAAUACAGACCGUGGUCAUACAACACUUGAGAAUAAAACGGUUAGCAAAAACAAACAAGUAUUACUAGUAAUGCAUAACACAACCUAGACCAAAUGGUGUUA